AUGAUAAGUGGUCUGAUGCCCAAUAAAGAAGACAGCAAUGAAGAAGUUGAUAAGUCUGUCGUCGAGUGCGUUUUCAUGGUGUCUAUGUACAACAGUCUCGGGGCGGCCAUCGUUGAUGAUGGUCGCUUCGACUUCGAUAACUACGUCAAGAAAGCAUGUCCGAUGAUGCUCGUCGAAGACACGCAAGAGAAGAAAGCCACCACAAAACAUUUCCCGAUGGGCUUCCCGACCCUAUACGACUACUGCUUGGAACUUACGACAAAAACUUGGGAAGCAUGGGUGUGGUUAGUCCCUGAAUAUGAACACGACCGAACAAUGAAGUUCCCUUCAAUACUGGUGCCCACCGUCGAUACCCUCAGACUUACGUGGCUCAUUAAAAUUAUGGAGAGCGUAGAACGUCCCGUGCUACUCGUCGGAGAUACAGGAACGUCAAAAACGGCCAUUAUCACAAACUAUUUACAUGGAUUACCAGCCGAUAAAUAUAUAAUACAACAAAUGAACUUCUCGUCGCGCACCUCGUCUAUGGACGUCCAACGAAACUUGGAGUCUGUAGUGGAGAAGCGGACCAAGGAUACUUUCGGCCCGCCCGUCGGCAAACGCAUGUUGGUCUUCAUCGAUGACAUGAACAUGCCUAUUGUUGAUACGUAUGGUACGCAGCAACCCAUAGCUCUUUUAAAACUGCUUUUUGAACGCAAAGGCUUCUACGACAGAGGGAAGGACCUGAACUGGAAAAACUUGAAAGACAUCGGUUUUUUAGCCGCCAUGGGCAAAGCUGGUGGUGGAAGGAAUGACGUCGAUCCUCGUUUCAUAUCAAUGUUCUCCGUGUAUAACCUGCAAUUUCCCUCUGAGUAUACAUUGAAUCACAUUUACGUAUCGAUAUUGAAGGGUCACUUCUCAAUAUUCCCUGAAGAGAUACAGGAAAUAGUUGAUAAAAUCGUGCAGAUGACGCUGGACUUGUAUAAGAUAAUAAUAGUAGAACUACCUCCAACACCGGCUAAGUUCCAUUACAUAUUCAACUUGAGAGAUCUGUCGCGUAUAGCGGCCGGUAUGUGUCUCAUGCAUCCGAACUUCUUCAGCGAGAAAAAAACGGUAGUGAGGUGUUGGCGCAACGAGUUUACACGUGUAAUAUGCGAUAGACUCAUUAAUAUGCAGGAUAACGAGUUGAUGUAUACGCACAUACAAGAACAUAUUGUCAAGUACUUCCCUGAAGAAGAACCGGUGGUCCUCGAGGAGAUCGUGGUUACUGAAGAUGACGUAAAGUUGCCUGACGAAGAAGAAGAUGAGUAUGCUGUAAAAGAAGAAAAACCUGAAGCUAAGCCGGAUACAGCAGAAACAGAAGAGGUCGAAGAAGAAGAGGUUGAGGUGGAAAAGGAACUAACGCUUGAAGAGUACGUUCUGCGUGAUCCUCUAUUAUUUGGAGAUUAUAGAAAUGCUUUAGAUGAGGAAGAAGUUAGAUACUACGAAGAUUUGUUGGAUUACGAGGCGGUCUACUUUUUGUUCCAAGAGAUUUUAGAAGAGUUCAACGAGCGCGUAGGCAAAAUGUCGGUAGUGUUAUUUGAAGAUUGUCUGGAACACUUGACACGUACCCAUCGCAUCCUUCGUAUGGAUCGAGGCAACGCUAUGAUCAUCGGCGUGGGCGGCUCCGGCAAGAAAUCUAUAUGCCGACUCGCUUCCUUCGCAGCAGGCUGUGAUAUGUUUGAAAUUACGGUAACCCGUAACUAUAGCGAGAACACAUUCAAGGAUGAUAUGAAACGUCUUUACAAUCAACUUGGAGUUGAUGGAAAGAAGACCGUAUUCCUGUUUACUGCUGCACAGAUUCUCGAGGAAGGCUUCCUGGAGUUCAUCAAUAACAUCCUGAUGAUUGGUAUGAUCCCGGCACUGUUCGGUGACGACGAGAAGGACGCCAUCAUCAACGCAGUCCGCAACGAAAGCAACGAAGCCGGUCAUGGUGUCGCAAAAGAUGCUGUAUGGAAUUUCUUCUGCAACAAAUGUGCUGACAACCUUCAUGUUGUAUUAUCGAUGUCCCCUAGCGGAGAUAUAUUACGAAAUAGAUGUCGCAGUUUCCCUGGUCUAGUGAACAAUACGACAAUAGACUGGCAGUUCCCAUGGCCCAAGCAAGCGUUGCUAGCUGUAGCUAACGUUUUUCUAGCUGACGUUCAAAAGAUCCCCGAGGAAUUCCGACCGAUAAUAGUGGAGCACGUAGUCCACGUGCACAUGUCCGUAGCGCGCUAUUCUGUAGAGUUCCUGCUACGACUACGACGUAACAAUUACGUAACGCCCAAGCAUUAUAUGGACUUCCUCACCAAUUACCUUUUACUGCUCAAUGAGAAGGAUGCUUUCAUCGUAGCACAGUGCGAGCGUCUCAUAGGUGGAUUAGCAAAAAUAGAAGAGGCAAAUGUUCAGCUCGAGGACUUAAACGCGAAGUUGGCUGUGCAAAAAGUAAUUGUAGCUGAACAGACUAAAGAGUGUGAAAUACUUCUCAAAGAAAUAACCACGGCUACGGAAGCGGCAGUGACCAAACAAAAUGUAGCUGCUAUAAAGUCUGUUGAGAUCACUGAACAGAGUGCAGUCAUAGCGGUGGAGAAAGAAGAAGCGGAAGAAGCGCUAUCUGCUGCCCUACCAGCGCUAGAGGCCGCUAGAUUAGCUCUUGCCGACUUAGACAAGAAUGAUAUUACUGAAAUUAGGUCUUUUGCUACUCCGCCUGAAGCUGUACAGGUAGUCUGCGAAUGCGUAGUAAUAAUCCGUGGAAUCAAAGAUGUCAGCUGGAAGGGGGCCAAAGGUAUGAUGGCCGACCCGAACUUCUUGCGGAACCUGCAGGAGAUGAACUGCGACCUCAUCACGCAGACGCAGGUGAAAGCUGUAAAAGCGCACAUGAAGAAAAGCAAAAAGUUAGAGACUAUGCAGCAGAUCAGUAAAGCAGGCUAUGGUUUACUUAAAUUCGUAAUAGCCGUACUCGGUUACUGCGCAGUGUAUAAAGAGGUGAAACCGAAGAAGGAUAAAGUGGAAGCACUCGAAGCUGAAUAUACUUCUGCAGUGAACUAUCUUGCUUCCCUCAACCGCGAGAUAGAUCGUCUCCAACGCACACUAGACGGACUCAACAACAGAUAUGACACGGCCAUGUUAAGAAGACAAGAGUUGCAAGAGGAAACUGAUAUAAUGAUGCGACGAUUGGUCGCGGCCGAUAAACUCAUGUCCGGAUUGUCCAGUGAGCAGAAGCGUUGGACUAUAGAUCUAGCGGCGUUAUAUGUCGAGCAGUCACGGCUUAUUGGUAAUUGUUUGCUCGCUGCUUCAUUCCUUAGUUAUGCGGGCCCAUUCUCGUUCUCGUUUAGGCAAACUAUGAUAUAUGAAGAUUGGUUGGGUGACGUCAGAGAGAGAAAUAUACCAUUGACAGAGCCGUUUACUAUUGAAAGGAACCUCACCAACGAAGUGGAAAUAAGUGGUUGGAACUCUGAAGGGUUACCUCCUGACGAACUAUCGGUGCAAAACGGUAUUCUAACAACGAGAGCAUCAAGAUUCCCGCUAUGUAUAGAUCCUCAAACGCAGGCACUUUCUUGGAUCAAGAAGAAAGAGGCUAAAAAUAAUCUGAAGGUUCUAUCGUUCAAUGACCCUCAGUUUUUGCGUCAAUUGGAGAUGGCGAUUAAAUAUGGCAUGCCAGUUCUGUUCCAAGACGUCAAUGAAUACAUUGAUCCCGUCGUCGAUAACGUGCUUGAGAAGAACAUAAAAGUGGAAAGCGGUCGCACAUUCGUGAUGCUGGGAAGCUCCGAAGUGGACUAUGAUCCUAACUUCCGCAUGUAUCUUACCACCAAACUAUCCAACCCGCAAUUCAACCCCGCCGCAUAUGCAAAAGCCGUCGUUAUCAAUUACACAGUCACAGUCCAGGGUUUAGAAGAUCAACUGCUCAGUGUAGUGGUACGCGCGGAACGAUCUGAUUUAGAAGAACAGCGUGAGAGUCUCAUCAUAGAGACCAGCGCGAACAAGAGCUUGCUAUCUGGCCUAGAAGACUCGUUACUGAGAGAACUGGCCACCUCCACUGGCAACAUGCUGGAUAACGUGGAACUUGUUAAUACACUCGAAAACACCAAAUCUAAAGCUGCAGAGGUGAUGGAAAAAUUGGAGCUAGCUGAAGCCACUACAAAAGACAUCGAGGUACUCCGCGACGGUUAUCGACCGGUAGCCAAGCGUGGUUCGAUUUUGUUUUUCGUACUGUCUGAUAUGGCGGGCGUUAACACUAUGUACCAGUACUCGCUGUCCUCGUAUCUUGACGUUUUCUCGUUUUCGCUACGUAAGGCUAUGCCAAACGUAAUCCUUGCCAAACGAUUGAGGAAUAUCACAGAUAUGCUGACCAGAAACGUUUACGACUACGGUUGCACUGGUAUAUUCGAGCGGCACAAGCUACUGUUCUCGUUCCAAAUGGACAUAAAGUUGGAACAGAGUGAGGACCACGUGUCUCAGAUGCAACUAGACUUCUUCAUCAAAGGGAAUGUCUCGCUGGAGAAAUCGAUUCGCGCAUGUCCUGCCUCAUGGAUACCGGGACAGAGUUGGCAAGAUAUAAUGAAACUAAGCGCAGACUUUGAAGUAUUUUCUUAUCUACCCGACGAUAUAACCAGAAAUAUUGACGCAUGGCAAGAAUGGUUCGAUAGCGACACUCCUGAAUCAAACGAGAUCCCGAACAACUAUCGGGACAAGCUCGAUCCGUUCGAGCUGUUGAUGUUACUGCGUUGCUUCCGCGUGGAUCGCAUCUACCGAGCCCUCACUGAUUACAUUACCGUCACUAUGGGCGAGGAGUAUAUUACCCCACCCGUAAUCAGCUUAGACAUGAUCGUGGAGCAAACGACAGCGUUCACUCCCGUUGUAUUCAUACUGAGUCCCGGUUCGGAUCCCACUGCUGAUCUGAUGAAGCUGGCGGACAGAUGCGGCUUCGGUGGAGGCAAAUUCAAAUACUUGUCUCUUGGACAGGGCCAGGAGGGGGCAGCCCUAGCGUUGUUAGAAGGCGCCAUCUCGCACGGCCAAUGGCUUAUUCUGCAAAACUGCCAUCUACUCGUGUCUUUCCUACGCGAACUUGAGAAACAAUUAGAGCUGUUGGAAAAACCACAUCCAGAAUAUCGUCUAUGGCUCACUACUGACCCUACGCCAACAUUCCCUAUCGGUAUUCUGCAACGAUCGCUCAAAGUGGUAACAGAGCCCCCUAACGGCUUGAAGCUGAAUUUACGGAACACAUACUUCAAAAUGCGCGCUCACGCACUAGAGGAGUGUCCGCACUGGGCGUUCAAAAAAUUAGUUUACGUUCUCGCCUUCUUCCACGCCGUCGUACAGGAGAGGCGCAAAUACGAUAAGAUCGGUUGGAACAUCUCGUACGACUUCAGCGAGUCUGACUUCGUAGUGUGUAUGCAGAUCUUGCAAUGCUAUCUGGAACGUUGUCACGCAGCCAAAGGACCAAUACCCUGGGCCACACUUAAAUAUCUCUUCGGAGAGGUGAUGUACGGUGGUCGUGUGAUAGACGACUUCGAUCGUCGCGUGGUUCGCACCUACAUGGAGGAAUACAUGGGUGACUUCCUGUUCGACAAGUUCCAGCCGUUCCAUUUCUAUCACGACUCCACCUUCGAUUACGUCAUACCACCAGACGGGGAGCGUGACCAGUACAUUGAAUUUAUUGAUGUGUUACCACUGGCUAACACGCCUGAAGUGUUCGGUUUACAUCCAAACGCUGAAAUUGGAUACUUCAGUCAGGCGGUGCGUAUGAUGUGGGGACAUCUUAUCGAACUACAGCCACAGACAAGUGACUCCGGCGGCGCUAUGAGCCGUGAAGAUUUUAUUGACACGAUCGCGGUGGACAUACUUGGUAAACUGCCGGCCCUCUACGAGAUCUGGCGUGUUCGAAAACAGUUUGAGAUGAAUAUCACACCCACCCUAGUCGUACUUCUUCAAGAACUAGAGAGAUUCAACCGUUUGAUAAGCAAAAUGCGCAGCACACUGUCGCUACUGCGUAAGGCGUUAGCGGGCGAGAUUGGUAUGGACGCGAUAUUGGACAACGUUUCGUACAGCUUGUUUAACGGCCAGCUGCCGCAAGUGUGGCGCAGUCUCGCGCCGGCCACGUGCAAAGGGCUGGGAGGGUGGAUGGACCAUUUUACUGAACGCACUAAACAGUAUACCGACUGGGCGACGAUGGAGGAACCAGUGGUGAUUUGGCUGUCGGGACUGCACAUACCGGAGUCGUAUCUCAUCGCGCACGUUCAGAUCGCGUGUCGCCUGUACACGUGGCCACUCGACCGCUCCACGCAAUUCACAAGAGUCACCAAGUGGCUAUCACCUGACGACAUCGAGGAACGACCGGUCACGGGGUGCUAUGUCCGGGGGUUAUACUUGGAAGGAGCGCGUUGGGAUCUUGAAGAUGGAUGCCUCAGAAGAUCUCAUCCUAAAGUGCUGGUCACUGAAUUGCCGAUCAUGUACAUCAUUCCAAUAGAGUUCCACAAACUGAAACUGCAGAACACAUUAAGAACACCUGUAUACACUACAUCAACCAGAAGAAACGCGAUGGGGGUCGGGCUUGUUUUUGAAUCAGACUUAUGGACUGCAGAGCAUUGCAGUCACUGGAUUCUCCAAGGAGUCUGCCUCAUCAUGAAUACAGAC